CUCGUUGGCCCUCGAAACAUUCAUACUCGCCUUGCUUUCUUUCUCCCCUUUUCUAUCUCUUCCGUACUCCAACGGUCUCAGACGAGAACGAUACAGCAUGGCACGAAGCGUAUACAGCCCGUCACCCUCUCCAAGUCUUCGGUCGAACACGCCCCUGUCCAGCUCGUCUUCUGACGAGGACAUUGGCUCGUACGGAGAGGGCGGGGAGUAUGGACCCUCGGUGUCGCGGCCAGGCUCGCCACAGACUGCGGAGGCGAGCAUGCUAGGGGAGGAGCAAGAGGCGGAUACGAUGACUUGUCAGUGGGAGGAGUGCGGGAAGGUGUUCAAUCAUCUGCCGACUCUUAUCGACCAUAUCCACAACGAUCACAUCGGUGUACACAAGUCGAACUAUACUUGCGAAUGGGCAGGUUGUGUCCGCCGAGGCAUCGCGCAGACAUCUCGGUUCGCCCUCAUCUCCCACAUACGAUCACACACCGGGGAGAAACCCUUCACCUGCCCAAGGCCAGAAUGCGACAAGUCCUUCACCCGCUCGGACGCCCUUGCAAAGCACAUGCGCAUCCAGCACAACAUUUCUCCGCCCCUGCCCGGCCGCGGCGGGAACCGCAAGCGCAAGCGCGAAGAGCAAGCUGAGCCCGUCGUUCCCGCCCCAACGCCUGAUCCGUAUGGCUACUCUACUUUCAAAGUUGAGGCGCAGGGUGACGACGACGACGGUUUCCGCGUGUCCCCCGUCGACGGAGCCGGGCACGCCUCCCGGCUGCCGCAGAGCCAGACCCCCGUACGGCACUUCAGCCCGGAGCCAGGCACAUUCGAGUACGACCCGGAGGACGAGCUGCCGCAGCACCUGCUGAGGCAUCAGGACCCCGCGACGGGGCUGAUAAUGGGGCGGUCGCACCCGCAGGUACGGUACAUGUUGAUGAAGGCGAAGCAUCGGUGGGUGCUGGAGCAGCACGAGGCGCUUGUGGAGGAGCUGAGGGUGUUGAGGCACGAGGAGAAGUGCUGGAAGGAGCGCAAAGACGCGUUGCUGGAUGAGUUGCUGAAGAGGCAGUUUGGUACCCAGGCAGAGCAGCUCACCAACCCGCUUGUCAUGGCUCCGCAAAACACUUAUGUCUAUGUGCCCGAACGGGAAGAGGAACCCUUCGCAUAACAGAACAUCUACACCCUUCGACCUCGCUCUCGACACCGCGCUUUGCUGUAUGGAUGUUCCUUCUUGCUGUACCA